GAGCGCACGGCGCUCCAUCGCGCUCCCAAUUUUUCGUCAAAGGGAAUAAAUUAAAACACAAAAAAAUGUGCUGUUUAGUGUCCCGGUAUGUGUUAUUUUUUAGUGUCAAUGUGUUGUUUGUGUUGUUCGACCGCUGAAGUGCGCUCACGUACUAAAAUAUCGACGGCAAAGGAAUUAACAGUCCACGCAAUUACAAUAGAAAUUAAUGGCGGAUCAUUAGAACGAUUGAUCUCACCAUACACUCAAUGAUGACUGGACGAAAAUAAACAUCGCCAUGUGAAGGAAUCAUCUAGAACAAUGUUCGCGAAGACAGAUCGAUUUUGGGACCGUAGAAAGGGCAAAGCUACGCGAUGACGCCGAGACAUCGAUCCUACAACUGUAUAAAAUAAUCGAUUCGAAUCGAUUUUAGAUACGCUAAAUAGUUACGCUUUUUUGUGUGUUCUAAUUAAUUGCGCGUGUGUUUUUAUUAAUUUGCGAUAUUCGAUUCCGUUGAUUCUUUUCGUUACCGAUUUUUGGUGUUCGGUGUUUUAAAGCAAUAUUAAGUUAAGGCCGUCGUGAUUAGUGAUGUAUGUAAAUAAAUGAAUAAAUCUCUAGUAUCGUUAACUUGUAACGUGUAAAUAUUGAAUAGUACGAGUAAUUUAUUAUUAAUUUUGAUUCGACAAUCGCUUAAACACAGUUCGGUUUAACGGGUAUUAGUACUAAUUAAAAGAAAAUCGAUCAAAUAAAAAUCGAUUCACAAUUCCGUUCCUGUAAUGCAAUACAUUUAUUGAAUUAAAAACCAUUCGAAUUAAAGUUUGAAUCGUGAUUUUAUUUAAACACACCAAACGGGGCCAAAGAUUUAAUAAAAAGAAACACUGAAAAACAAUAAAUAAAUGUAGUUAGCUGAAAUAAACAAAAAACCGGUAACCGAAACCAAAAUGGUGCCGAAUGUGACAUCGCUAAUAAAAACUACGUUAGUCGCUCAUAUGAAUGCAACUUUUGGAAAUUCUACGUUCCUAGUCCCAACAUAUGUCAGCCCUGAAGAGUUUUUAGCGUUACAAAUGACAAAUGGCUCGGAUAAUGUUACGUGGAAUGAUACGAAUGUGAACCAGGUCGUGUUGAAGACCUGGUACCCGAGUGGUUACUCACCAGCUCACAUCAUCAUAGCGUCGGUGGUGGUGACAGUGUUGAUGAUAAUGGUGGUGGUGGGGAAUAUGUUAGUGAUAAUAGCGAUAGUGACGGAGAAGGCUUUGAAGAACAUUCAGAACUGGUUUAUAGCAUCUCUUGCGGUGUCGGACUUCUUUCUCGGACUGGUGAUAAUGCCGUUCUCCCUCGCGAAUGAGCUGAUGGGUUAUUGGAUCUUUGGUUUCUGGUGGUGUGAGAUACAUUCUGCGAUGGAUGUGCUGCUGUGCACUGCGUCCAUCAUGAACUUGUGCCUCAUAUCGCUCGACCGCUAUUGGAGCAUCACUCAGGCGGUAGAUUACCUCAAAAAACGGACUCCUGCGCGCGCCGCGCUUAUGAUCGCGGCAGUGUGGCUCAUGAGUGCUCUAGUGUGUAUACCGCCUUUACUGGGCUGGCGGGUGUCGCGGCCGCCCGAGCAGUUCCCACAAUGCAAGGUGUCGGACGACAUCGGCUACGUGAUAUACUCAGCGCUGGGCAGCUUCUACAUCCCGUCCUGCAUCAUGGUGUUCGUGUACAUACGGAUAUACUACGCGGCCAAGGCGCGGGCGAGGCGAGGCAUCCGGAAAAACCCGAGGCCUAGAGCCAACGAGCAGCAGACAAGCUUUUCGAACGCGCCAAAAGGCACGCGGCCGAUGCCUACCUCAUCCACUUUGUCCAUGCCCCCUGGCGUGGACGCUGCCAAUUCUAAUAAUAAUAGGGAAAGUCAAAUAUCAACAAUAGAAACGCAACAAGUGGCGAUACCUACAGUGACCUGCGACUUCGCUUCCGACAUAUCGACGAGUGAAGCGGGGGACACGGCCGCGCAGAUAGAUGAAAGAAAAGACACACUAAAGGUGGUAACAUCAGCGCAAGUAACAAGAAACCCUUUAGCAGCGUGUCCAUACAGAAGUUCGACACUCUCCGUAAAUGGAGAGUUAGCACUUCAGGCACAGAGAAAUCGAGCACCCAGUAUGGCCAUAGAUACUGACAUGGUCUCAGAGUUAGAGCCCUCAUCAUCAGACUCGGGCGUUGCUACCCGUUGCGCUAACGUCAAACCUCUAAAACUAAGAAUAUGUCAACCUAUAUUUGGCAAGAAAAGUGACUUGUCAAGAAGGCAAGAGAAAACGCAGCCAACAAAAGCAGAAUUAGAACCUGCGUUACCCAAACCACAUAAACCAAGAGACCCGGAAAGGGAAAAGAGAAGAUUAGCACGAAAGAAAGAGAAACGUGCUACUUUAAUAUUAGGUUUAAUUAUGGGUAGUUUUAUAGCCUGUUGGCUGCCAUUUUUCUUUUUAUAUAUACUAAAAGCAGCGUGCAGAAGAUGUAUAAUACCAGGCAGCGCGUUCGCUAUAGCUUUUUGGUUAGGGUACAUGAACUCGGUCCUGAACCCUGUAAUAUAUACGAUAUUUAAUAAGGACUUCCGAAGGGCGUUCCGCAGGAUACUGUUCAAGUGAUGUUUAGCCUACCUGUGCUGCUAUAGGUGUGUGGCCAACAGGAUAUUGAUGGCCCAACAGCGAGCAGUGCCAGGUCUUUACAAUGUACGUUGAUCAAAUCAUUUGCCAUGCGACUUUAAUAUAUCUACUUAAUGGAUUAAAAGCCCGUGAGGGCCAGACCAUCG